AUGGAUUGCUCUACAUCUACUGUUACACUAAACUGUAUCACUACUCCUCCAGGCAUGGCGACAUAUCCUGCUGAGUCCUCCAACACCCAGCCAACACGAUCCAACUCGACUGCAACAAACUCCACGCAGUCUUCUCAAUCACGAUCGAAUCGAUCAUCGCGAUCAUUACAUACGUCGAUCCCUUCCUGCACCACUCUUGUUAACUCCGAUAUCAUCGCCUUUGAUGUCGAAGCUGAGAUGGCAUUCGCGCUUGUCGCGAGUGAUCCGAAUGCAAGGCCCAAGCAGUUCAGAAACUUGUUUGAGGAGUGCAUCUUUGUGUUUACGGCUAUGAUUGCGAUUGCUUCAACGACAUUCAUACAAGGCGUAAUCGUCAUCAACACCGGAACCAUAGGACGAGAUCUCAGCAUGACACCAGCACAAGUAACAUGGAUAGCAGCCGCAAUAGGUCUCGCCAGCGGCUCAUUCAUGCUCUUCUUCAGUAAAACCGCCGACCUCUUCGGCCGCAAACUCCAACUCCUCCUCGGCCUCCUCCUCCUCUCCCUCUCGAGCCUCCUCACAGCCUUCGCCCCCACCGCCCUGAGCAUCAACAUCCUCAGCGGCUUCCUCGGCCUCGGAACAGCCAUCAUCGCACCCCCCGCCAUCGGCACCCUCUUCGCAACGUACCCACAAGGCAAGAGACGGAAUCGAGUCACUGGUGCGCUUGGGGUCGGGAAUCCCCUGGGUUUCAUUCUGGGGAGUAUAAGUUCGGGAGUGGCGACCAAGUAUGCGAGUUGGAGGCAGAGCUUUGUGGUUAUUGGGGUGUUCUUUUUUGUGAUGGCGGGGGCGGCGGUUUGGACUGUGCCUGUGAUUCAGAGGGCGGGGAAUCCUGGGGCGUUGGUGAAAGAGUUUGAUUAUUUGGGGACGGGCUUGACGGUUGUUGGGUUGGCGUGUGUGUCUGCUGCUUUGACAGAAGCUCCCCAACUCGGCUGGCACUCCCACAAAGUCCUCAUCCUCCUCUUCCUCGGCCUCCUCUCUCUAACACUCUUCACCAUCUGGGAACACCACGCUCCAUCCCCCCUCCUCCCCCCAUCCAUAUUCCAAAAUUCCACAUUCACCAUGAGCAUCAUCUGUGCCGGGCUGGGCUACAUGUCGUUCAUCACCAACCAGUUCUGGAUCUCCAUGUACAUGCAAGACAUCCAAGUCCUGGCACCGCUUCAUAUAGCAGUCCGAUUGAUGCCACAGGCUAUCACGGGUGUGGUGUGGAGUUACCUUGGACAGGCACUGGUGAGCUGUGUUAGUGGGAGGGUGCUGAUGGGGGUUGGGGGGUUGGGAUAUCUGGCUGGUGCGGUACUGAUGUUUUUUGUGAGGCCGGAGACGAGUUAUUGGGCUGUGUUGUUCCCGAGUUUGUGUGUUACGGUUAUUGGGGCGGAUUUCCAAUUCAUUGUCUCGAAUCUCUACAUCUCCUCCCGCCUCCACCCCUCGCAAUCCUCCCUCGGCGCCGGCAUCCUCCAAACCGCCCUCCGGCUCAGCAUCUCCAUCGGCCUCGCCAUCACCUCCGCCAUCUACGGCGCCAUGGCUCAAACCCCCAAAGGACGAACCCACACCCUCUUCCCAUUCUCCCGCGUCUUCCUCUGCACCAUCAUCAUCUCCUCACUAUCUCUUGUCUUCGUCCCUUUUCUACAGAUCGGUCGUCAGGGAAAGAGCAAGAGAGUGGGGGGUGAUGAGGAGGGGUUGGAGCUUGAGAUUGAGAUGCAUGGAGGGGAAGUGGGAGUUGGAGGGGCUGAGGGUGGUGUGACGAGGAGUAAUAGCCAGAGUAGUCUUUGGAGCUCGGCGAGUGCGAGGUUUUAUUGUGGGAGGUGGGGCGAUGGGUUUACUGCUGGUGGACGUGGUGGAAGUGGUGGAAACAACGACGCGUGGGGAUUUGGUUUUGGUGAUGCAGGAAGCAAAUGGAAUCACCUUGAUCGUUUUGAGGUGUGCUUGAAAUGCGGUUUGGAGAGAGUCGUCGCGCAGCAUCAUUUGCCUUUUGACGGCGAGCAUUUCCACGGCACGGAGGUUUCUAGCCCUAUCUCGGUAUACGAGAUACCUACAAACGAUAGCAUCGGCAACGUCGGUUGUGGUGAGAAGAAGACGAAGGGGGCCUGUACGACACCAGAUAACCAGAUCUGGUCGUGA